AUGUCGGCGACUAGAAGAAGAAGAACGCCAGACCCAGAAAUUACUAGAUGGGCAAUCGAAUUCUUACUCUGUCAAUUACAAUCCCCUAAUUCAAUUGAGAUGAUUAAGAAAUUGGUAGGAAUGAAGGGGAUAGGGCGAGAAGGGGGAGUUAUUGGAGGCGCUGGAGAGGUUUUGGAAGGAGAGGGUUGGUGGGUUGGAGACAGAGAGGAGGAGUGA